UGAUGGAAGAUAUUUAACUUUCAUGGGAGUUGUGCAGGGAGAAAACAUUUGAUCUCUUAAAGAAAAAAAACAUGGAUUCCACACAGUUUGUCAGAGAGAAUAUAGACAAAUAUCUGAACUUGUGGAAUAAAGUCAUUUGGACAAACAAGCCUAAGCUUUGACACAAGAACAAAGGUCGCAUUCAGCAUUUCAGAGAACGACCCAGACACUCCGCCAGCUGACCUCACAGCCACCUAACAACCAAAAGCAGAGCAUUGAUUUCAGUGUCAGGUUAGUGAAUUUCUAAUCAGGCAUCUUUGCGUGUUCACGGAAGAAAAAAGCAAACUUUUGGAACUGGAAAAGGAAAAGUGGAAGACAUCUUCAGUCAGACUUCAAGCAACUAUUUGAGAAAUUCUCAGACAUCUUGAAGAUGGUUCUCCUAUUCAUACCUGACUCUCAUGCCCAGAAGACUCCAUUAUGUCCUUGUAAAUGUUAGUUUUGCUUAGUGGUCAUGAUUGCAGGGCUUUUGUUCCUGUUCUGGAAAACUGUCUUGCUACAAGAUUAGUUACUCAGGGGAAGUCCUGUCCUUUCACAGCCAUGGAGGGCCUUGAGCAGCUUGAUGUGGUGGGUGACAUCAGCCCAGCUCUGGAAGCAACCGAGGACUUCAUCCACUCCAUGGCUGGGAUCCAGAGUCAAGGCCCAAGUCCCGCUCAAUCGAGCAACCGCCAGCCUGCAAGGGCGCACAAGCAGCUGCAGGAUGUGUCCAGCUCCGCUCUGGGCAAGCUGAGCUCCAGCGGCGUGUGGAACUUGCUGGCCGGAGAGCAGCCGGAGGUGGGGCCCCUCGGGUUGGCCUGGGCCGACAACUUCAGCGUUCUGGGCCUCGGCAUGGGUCUGAGGCACGGGAAGAGGAGCCGAGCACGCUCCACCAACGACCUGGUGGCCCACAUGCAGGAGUGCGCCAACAACACCGGAAGCGCCUCGUCGAAGUCGGUGUUUAAGAAAGGACACAAUCGGUCCAGGUCAGACGUCAACUACCGUCCGUCUGCGUACACGGACAAUGGGCUGCCCGCAGUGGACUGCGACACACUGAAGAACAUGAUCUUCAACCAGCAGCAGGACGUUGACAAGAGCAGCAGCAGCAACAGUGUUGUGAAGCAGGGUGAGAUGGAGCAGCGCGAGGGCCCACGGGGCCGUUGGACAUCCUGCUACGUUGAGCUGACUCCCUGUGAGCUGCGGCUCUAUACUCUGGAUAGCAGUGCCAAUCGCCAACUGGGCACUGCCUACUCUCUGUCGCACUGCCAGAGCGUCAUCGCCCCGGCACCCUGCAGCCAGACCAGUCAGAUGAGCCAGCCUGGCGAGAAGCGCACACUCCAGGCCUUGUUCUUCAACAGCACACGUCUCCAACUGAGGGCGGCCAACCAGUGGGAAGCGAUGGAGUGGCGGCGGCUGAUGUGGGAGAAGGUUCAGGCAGCGAGGCCCGCGAGGCAGGACAACCGCAAGCAUAAGAACAGCGUGGAAACUAAGCAGAAGUUUCCUGUACCCAUGUCACCUUCCUCUUCGCCCUCUCCCUCUGGGCUCGACACCCGACCCGACGGGGAUAGCGACACCCCAACUUCAUCUGAGGCGUCGCUUUCUGUGAACUCUGGAGUGUUGAGUCGGCCAACCACCCUCCCUCUGUUUAACCAGCGCUUCCAGGACGUGCUGAAAGCUGGACUUCUCCACCUGCUGAUGGAUCAGAACAACUGGCGGGCCUUCACUUUCGUCUUGACGAGAUCUGCUCUCCAAGCUUUUCCGACUGAAGGCAGGGGGUCUGUGUCCCAACCGGUCCUCCACUUCUCCCUAGCGUCCUGCUCGUCAGUACAGCAGGAUCUUGUACCAGAGACCGGAGAGUCAUGGGCAGAUAAAGGGCGGUGUUUCCAAGCCACUUUCCCCAAAGAGCUCCUCAAGCUCAAGGCGGAUGAUCACCUGAAAGCCCAGGAAUGGGUGGAGGCGCUGCGGCAGGCAGUGGACUCGCAGAAGCCCACGCAAGAAGACAAGAGAGAAUCAGACGGACCUCCUGGUCUCCAAGAAGUGUUGUUGAGGUCCAAACCACCAAGGGACAGGAAGCAGAGGGAGGCCCAGAGAGCAAAGCGGCAGUCUGUCACCACCAGUUUCCUCAGUAUUCUCACCUGUCUGGCUGUGGAGAAGGGGCUCACCGCUCAGAGCUUUAGGUGUGCAGGCUGUCAGCGUCCGGUCGGUCUGUCCAAAGGAAAGGCAAAAGUUUGCUACUACAGCGGCUGGUACUACUGCCAGAGCUGCCAUCAGGAUAACUCCUUCCUCAUCCCUGCGCGGCUGCUGCACAACUGGGACACCAGUAAACACAAGGUGUCCAAACAGGCCAAGGAGUUCCUGGAGUUUGUGUACGAGGAGCCGUUGCUGGACAUCCAGCAGCUCAACCCCUGCCUGUACGAACACUGCGAAGCGUUGAGCUCAGUGCUGCGCCUCCGUCAGCAGCUCCAGUCGCUCAGGGCCUACCUGUUCAGCUGCAGGGCGACCGUCGCCGAAGACCUGAGGCGACGGAUUUUUCCCAGGGAAUACCUUCUACAGCACAUUCACCUGUACUCUCUGGCUGAUCUGCAGCAGGUGAUCGACGGGAAACUGGCCCCCUUCCUGUCCAAGGUGAUCAAAUUCGCCAGCUCCCACGUGUUCGGCUGCAGCCUGUGUCGAGAGAAGGGCUUCAUCUGCGAGCUGUGCCAGAACGGACAGGUCAUCUACCCCUUUCAGGAGAACGUCACGCGAAGGUGUGACGGCUGUGGCGCUGUUUUCCACGCGGAGUGUCGACAGAAAGCCCAGCCGUGUCCCCGCUGCGUCCGCAGAGAGCUCCACCACAAGCGGCCGUCGUCCUUCUGGUCGCCCGAUGACGACAGCCCCGGCUGCUUUCACCUGCCGUACCAAGACACCUGAGGUCCGCCGCCGCGAGCGCAGAGGCCAGGAGCAAACGUGCCGUCAUGCAGCCGCCACACAGGACAAAGGGCCUGUGUGUUUUUUUGUUUUUUUUUGUUUGUUUGUUUAUUUCUAUUCCUGCAUCUGCAGCUUGGAGCUCACUGCAGCUUUUUGACCACAGGACGGAUGCAGCCGCGGAGCUUCUUGCGUCGUUCUGUACGGAGGGAGAAAAGAACCGAAUGCUGCGUAAGGCUCUACAGGCCCGAGUUCUCGUCACUCUGUAGUCACAUCCUCUACUCCCCAUCUUCACUUACCUCCUGCUCCAGGUUAAACAACAAACCGCAGCCGAUGACACCGAGAAGUGGAAGCGCAGAAACCUGGCUGCUUGUCGUAACCUCUUAGAGACGAAACUGUUAGUCAGCACACAGGAUGACAAAGCAAAGCACAAAAUCCGCUGCUUUUCUUUUCCCCGACAUGAGGAGCCUGCUGACGCUUUUUGAUUCAUUUAUUUUUCAUCCUAGAUUAAAAAAUAACAGAGGAAAAUGGAUUAAUCUAUCAUGGAUUAAAAAGAGAAACAAAAUAUAUCUGCUCUUAAGGGCUAUAAGCCUUCCGAGAAUAUUGUUGCACUCUGUAGCCUCUAAAUUACGCAGAGAAUUAGCCAUUAGAAAUCACAUAGUGGGGGAGUUUUGUCUGUCUCUGGUGCUUUUAGGUAUCAUGAAGGUUGCCUGGCAGUAAUAUUCCUCCUCCUCAUUCCCGGCGUUAAACGGGUCAUAAGCCGUCCUGCUGAAAAAGUAUGAAAUAUGGUGUAGAAAAGAUCUUUUUUUUUUUUACAUUGAAUUCUACUUAGCAAUAGAGUUUAUCUUUUGAUUUGCCACAUCGGAACUUGUGUUUUUCUCAAAUUUUGAAUUCAUUUUAUUUUAAAUAUCCCAUUUUUCUUUGUGAAUUGCCGACAGGAUCCCACAAAGAAACGCAACUCAUUCCGAAAUGCAGAAUUUGUUCUUACGGCCACCAGACGGCUCCAUCAAGGUUCAAAACUGGUCCUAUGGGACCUUUAACUGGGUACGGCUUAGAAACCACAACAAUCAUUAAAACCUCUUUGUUUUUUUCAAUUUCUACAAAUAAAUAUGUUCAACUUUAACAAGUCUAAGUUGGUCAAGUUGCAAAAAAACGGAGCGAAGUUACCUAUAGCACACUGUGUUUUGUGCACAAAUGUCCAGAAUGUCAUAAAAGCUGCAGGAAAAAUAAGGAGAUGUUUGGCCAAGAACAGAAUUUAUCUAGAAAUCUUGUUUUCACAAAACAAAACAAAAAACAUUUACACUUUUGGGAGAAAAGACGGUUUGUUUCUAAUAUUACAUUUCAACUUAGACAUUCAUUGACUAGAAUGUUGUGGCUGAUUCCUUAACUUUAGUUUUCACUCAAAAUGUUUCUUCCAACCCUUGGUUAGCGUGGUUAGCUGAGCUAGCUUCACCAAAAAGCACGAGUUUCUGUAUGUAGAUCGUAGUAAAUGAUAAUCCUUACCUUCACUCUGAGCCAAAAUGCUAUCAACAUUUCUGACUCCAUGACAAAUAGAGGAAUUUUGCGGUAACAUAUUCAUCCUUCCUGUUAUCUGCUGAAAGUAUCGCUCUCUCCCGCAGCCUGAAUUGAAAGCAGAUGUGUGUCGACUUGGUUUUUAAAAGGGCAAUUUGCUUUUCAAUAGCCAAGUUAGCAACCUGGACUCACUGAUUGGGGGAAAAAAUAAAUACAUUUUUCAUAUUUUGUAAGUCGGCAUUGAAGCAUGAUUGAUCUGAAAAUUGUUUGAGUCCGAUCUCCGGCUGAUUUGUUGGUCCACAAGCUACACUUAUUGAUUAAUAAGUCAAAGUUUAAAAACAAAACACUGUGUUUAACAACAAUGUUCAGAAAAUGUCCCGACGAUUUUUGGCUGAACUGAAACUUCGUUAAAAGCGACCGGAGAGCGGAAUUGAAUUAUUUUCUAAUUCAAACAAUUAACAUCAAACUUCUAAAAUGUGUCUGUUAGAUGUCUUAAACCUACAAAGCAACUUAAAUGAAUUUCUAAAAUGCUUUGUUAAAGACCUUUAUUUAUGGACUUUGAGGAUUAAAUCGUUUGACUAAAUCUCAUUUGAAAAACUUUUGACAACAAAAUUUGAUGAAUCUGCGACCUUAAAUCAUUAAAACGGAAAUUGAUCGAUUCUUUAGUCAGGAAGAGGUCUGCGUAUUUAAAUAAAAACAAAUUAAGGAACUUCUUUUGGGAUUUCUUAAGGAGAAGCUGGGAGAAAACAACCAUAAUGUUUAUAUAAAUGUAUUAAAUGAUUUAUAAUUGUCACACAUGCAGGUGACAGUAACCAGAUUUGGACUUCUUCGGAUUUCCUCUCCUUUUGUUUCAACCAGCCUUUCUUGAAUCUUCCUGAUUUAUUGCUUAGAUUUUUAACAAAAAAAAUUUUUUUCACUCCCUCUUCUCCUGUAAAUGUAAAAGCACAACGACUUGAUUAUAAAAUUCACUGACUGCGCGUUUUGUCCCGACUGGAAGACAAAAGGUCAAUAAUUUACUGGAGCUCAUCUCACGGCUGCCUCCGCCUUCCCGCUUCCUCCUCUGUGAUUCUACUUCCUGUUGUGCUUUACUCAUGCGUAGCCUCUCUGACCUGACAGCGGCUUUAGCUUUUAGCAUCUCUAUGCAACCUGGAUGGCCUUUCAUUGCCCACCUUUUCCUUUUUUUCACAUAACCCAGCAGCUGUGAGUCAUGCGGUUUUGACCCAGAUUUGGUGAAAGCUUGAGCAGUUUACGUCCAGAUUUAUUUUUAACACCGCAUUUCUUUCGGUUGAUUAAUUCCUUGACAAUGGAAGAACAUUAUUUUAACGACCCAGCUCCGGUCAGAGAGGCAGGAACAACGUUGGAUUUUUUUUAUUGCAGUAACAAUUCCCGUGAAUCCACAACUUGUAGGAAGAGAUGGCUGGACUUCUGCUGCUCUCAGGCUGAUACAAAUAAAAACUUAACUGCUGGUACGACUGCUCCACUGAGUCUUUAGUGCUGAUCUCUCUGCCGUUGUUUCGUCUUGUUUCAGUUGAGCCAUAGCAACUUGUCAGCUCGAAGCUUGCUGAUGGGAAAAUCCUAUUUUUUGUGGCUGGCGAGAGGACGCUGCGCGUUUUGUAUCUUUGAAGUUUAUGACACUUCCAACCCGACUUGCUUUAUUUCAACUCCGGCAACCAAUAUUAGGGUCGUUUUCAUGAUUCCAGUGAAAAAUAAUUGCCUGACAGAAGUCACUUUGUUAAUUUAGUUUGAUCAGGAAUUCAUAAUCGGCCUUAUUUUAUUAGUCAUUUGGCCCAAAUGGGGAUCGGAAGAGGGAAUAGUGGGUAGUACAAGAUUUUAUAAACUCUAGAAAUAGUUAAAUUAUACAUCAGAUUUAUGAAUUUAUUGAUAAAUGAUCACUGUAAUCCAUGACAGGAAAUCCCUGCAAUGAUUAAUAAACUGCUGGUUUGGGACGUAGACUUGAAAUUGUGGGUUGCCAGGUGCAAAAUGGAAGAAACUAGGGACAAAAUGGCAAAGAAUAACUACAAAAUGGCCGACAUGCUUAUUUUUCCUUAAGGUUUAUGCUUUUUUUUUCUAUUUUUUGUGGACUAUUUGUUGUUUUGAAAAUAAAGUGUUUGAUUGUUCCUCGCUGAAUGUUCAUGCUACAAACUUAAAAACCUUGUUUUGUUUAGAUUUUUUUGACUACAUUGCUCCUUUAAGUUGUGUUAAUUUAGUGCUCGGCAGCCUGACAGGUUUCAGGGAAGCUCAUUGUGUGUCUGUGUAUUUAUUUACGCCAAUUGAAUGCAGCAUCAAAACUUAAGCCAUCAGCACCAAACUCUAGUUUUACUUCUGGCCGGAGCUCAUUAUUCACAGCAUUAUGGAAAUCAUCAGUAUUCCAGCGAAAUGUGUUCAGAGGACGUUCGUGGUGCUUUUAAAUCGCCACGUUUCAGUUUUAUCCAGAACAAACAGGCUUUCUUUAAAUGACCAGGGUGUGUUUUUUUUGUUUUUAGUUUUCCAGGUUUUUAGAUCUCAGUGGAACCUCACAUGGACGGAGUUAUUGUAAAAAAACACAAUGUUACAAACUAAUCCUGUGUAUUUCCCAGGACGGUAAAGCUGAAGGACCUGCAGUUCCUCCGCACUAAAGUUGUGCAUCAGAUCACUUUAUAAGUUAUUUCAUUUGUACUCGUUGGCACAUGUUUUGUGUUUUUCUUGCCAUUUCUUUAACGUGCGUUUGCUUGAUAGUCUGUCCAACUGGAAAUUGUAUUUGAUUCCAAUUUUUACGGAUAAAAACCAGAUUGUUUUCAGUUUGCAGCUGAAGAUGUUUCAGGCGCAUCUUUACAAAAGCUAUGAUACAGUAUUUAAGGAAAGUAGACGGACUGAACCUCUGAACUUUUUUUUUAGGUGGUUAUUGUUUUUGUUUUGUUUUGUUUUUGCAGCCAAACUCUUAUGCAAGCACAAGGCGUUGUUUUUUGAUCGAAGCAGCUCGUCCUCAUGUCUGGUUCUGUGUGAAUUGACCCACUGAUGCCAAUAAAAACUAACUUAUUAAUAGCAA